AUGAGUCUGUCCGGGAAGCAGCGGUUCUCCGCCAACUCUUUCUCCGGGUUCGGGAGCCGGAAGAUGGCAUUGUCCUCCGCCGGGGGGUCGUCAAUGCGCUCCAGCUUCGGGAGCAGAAUGGGCAUUGGGGUCGGAGGAGGAGGCGCUAGUCUCGGCUUCGGGAAGGGCUUUGGAGACGGUGGAGGAGGAGGGUUCAGGAUGUCAUCCUCCAGCCACAUGGCAGGUCUGGGGAGUGGGAUGAGCACCGGUGGCGGCGGCAGCGGGAUGUUCGGGGGCGGUGGAGGCGGUGGAGGAGGAGGUUUCGGGUACGGUGGAAGUGUUGAGGACACGUCCCUCGGGUUCGCCGGUAACGAGAAGCAGCACAUGCACAACCUGAACGACCGCCUGGCAACCUACAUGGAGAAGGUUCGCCAGCUGGAGGCCACCAACCACCAGCUGGAGGAGAAGCUGAAGACCUUCACCUUCAACAAGGUGGAGGCGCAUGACCUGACCAUCUACGACGCAACCCUCAAACCCCUCAUGGAGCAGCUCAUGGCUUUCCUGAUACAGAACACUCAGAUUGCCGUGGAGAUCGACAACGCCAAGCUGACUGCUGACGACUUCAGAGUCAAGUGGGAGAAUGAGCUGUCUUUGCGCCAGUGUGUGGAGGGGGACAUCGGGGGUCUGAGGAACCUGCAGCGGGAGUUUGAGAUGAACAUCACAGCCAUGAUGCAGGACCUGCAGGGGUACCAGAACGAACGGGUCUCCAUGGCGAAGAGCCAUGAAGAGGAGCUGUUGUCCAUGCGUGGGGGGAUGACGGGCCAGGUGAACGUGGAUGUCCAGGCUGCUAAGAGCCAGGACUUGUCUCUGAUGCUAGCUGAGGUCAGGUCGGAGUACGAGGCGGCCGUGGAGAAAAACCGCAGACAGGCCGAGGCCUGGUACAUGAAACAGAUGGCGAACCUAGAGGCCAGGCUGUUGGAGGUUCAGUCCCAGUUCCAGCAACGUCUGUCUGGGUAUAGUGGCAAGGUGAUGGGCCUGGAGGGAGAACUGGUCUCCAUAAGGGCCAGCACCACUGAGCAGAGCCAGGACUACCAGAUCCUUCUGAACAUCAAGAGUCGUCUAGAGAUGGAGAUCCAGCAGUAUAAGCAUCUGCUGGAGGGAGCCGGCCUGGGAGGGGGCAUGGUCUCUGGAGGGGCUGACCUGGGAGGGGGCACGGUAGUCUCUGGAGGGGCUGACCUGGGAGGGGGCACUUCGGUCUCUGGAGGGGCCGGGAGGCUUACACUGGCGUGA